GGAAACCAACUGCUUGGCCUCAAAUCUCCAAAACACAUCUGAAAAGAUUUUGUUCCUUGUUAAGUUCCUGAAAGCCUGGCGAUGACUGGAAUAUACAAGAAGCUGACGCUGGUGUUGGGGGUGGCCCUUGCUUUCCUGGCAGGGGGGCUGUCCUCCCCUGUGGUGGGACCUGAGCCUAUCCGAUGUGCCCCCUGUACCCAGGAGAAGCUGGACCAGUGCCCUGCAAUUACCCUGAACUGCAGGCAGGUUCUGAGGGAGCCUGGCUGUGGCUGCUGUCAGGCCUGCGCCCUGGAGAAGGGGGCCUCCUGCGGGGUGUACACGGCCCACUGCGCCCAGGGUCUCCGCUGCACGCCCCGACCUGGUGAGGCCAGACCACUCCACUCCCUCACCAGGGGACAGGGCGUCUGCGCUGAGGACGGGGGACAAGAGGAAGCCGAUGGCCUGCCUGACCACAGCUCCCUGCCUUACCUGCUGGGCCUCAACACGCCUUCCGACCACCGUGACGCCGCCGAGGCCCAGGAGAGCAUUAAGGCCAAAGUCAACGCCAUUCGCAAAAAGCUGGUGGAGCAGGGCCCCUGCCAUAUUGAGCUGCAUGCAGCACUGGACAUGAUCGCCAGUUCCCAGCAGAAACUGGGGGAGAGGUUCACCACCUUCUACCUCCCUAACUGUGACAAGCAUGGCUUCUACAAGGCCAAGCAGUGUGAGUCGUCUCUCGUUGGACCCCCUGCUCGCUGUUGGUGCGUGUCCCCCUGGAAUGGGAAGAAGGUUCCGGGAUCGAGUGAUCUGGCGGGCGACUCUGAGUGCCAUCAGGAGCUGACUCACUAGUGCUGUGAUCAGACAUACACACACACUCACACACACACAUGAAACCGGCCCAGGGAGAGAUGCAUACUGCCACUCUUUCACUCAGUUGAAGGACUAAACACACAGCAUGCUGUAGGUUUCUGCGAACUUACACACAGCCACCUCCUAUACUAAGUUUCUUUUACAAACACAUGCAAACACACACUCAUUCACAUAAACACGCAACAUCAAAUUUUAUUUGAGAGAAGAUAAAUUGCUCUUAAUGUAUUUACAUGACGUACGUAUCAAGCUUUAUUUAUUCAAAAUGUGUAUGUGCUCACUUGUUUGAACCAUUUGUAAUUUUUAGAUUAUUUAUAUGUUUGCCUAUUUUUUGAUUGUAAAUAGGGGAACACUGUAUACAUUUGUGUUUGUGACUAAAUAACUCCAUGGCUGAAGACCACAGGUCACCAGCUUUGCCAAACCUCGUUCAGGAUCUUCAGGAGCUGUUUUUUGAUUCAUUCAAACGCUGGACUUGUGCACUGCGCAGAACAACACAGCCACUCAUUCAACAUGUUGACAGUGUCGGAAUGUAUCUUCAUUGACGUUUCCUCAAUGGGUAUCGGGGAAAUAGUUAAAAUGCCACAGGUAUGUGCACCGUGGCCUAACACAAACAGCAUCAGGGCUCAUCCAGGCCAAGUGCUCAGGUUUCGGAUGGGCUUUUUUAUAUCUUCCUCUGCUCUGUUCAU